AAGCCCAGGACUGACCAGACAGAAUCACACAUCAAGACUCAGUGCCAAGGAGCCUCUCCGAAGCAUCUCAAAGACCAAGACAUCUAGAGUAUCUCCACUGCCAGAUCCAAGGAGCCAUCCAGAGUCUGUCCACUGCCAGAUCCAAGGAACCAUCCAGAAUCUGUCCACACACUGAAGAUGGAGCAAAGCCCCUCUCUCACCAUCCUGCUGCUGGUACUGGGCCUCUCUCAGGCCCAAAUGGACCACAGUGGACCAGCCAUGUGGAUAGACCACCUUGAGGCUGUAGACAUCACUGAGAGAAUUCUGACCGCUAAUAACGGCUCUGAUGAGAUGCUGAUGGAGGGAGACCUGGUGGUACCAAGAACCAGAAAUGCCAUGCAGUGCAUGCAAGGAGGAAACAGCUGCCUGUGGAACAAAGCCUCUAGUGGAUACAUUGAAGUGCCCUACACAAUAGAAGACAGCAGAUUCACUCCCUCCGACAUGAAGGAGAUUGAGCACGCCGUCCAGUCGUUCCACAGCAAGACCUGCAUUCGCUUUGUGCCACGUGGCAACCAGAAAGACUACAUCAGCUUUGAGAGUAUGAGCGGCUGCUACUCUUCUCUCGGGAGAAUUGGAGGGAAACAGACGGUCUCUGUUAACAGCGUUGGCUGCAUCUUUCUCGGCAUCAUUCAGCACGAGACCCUCCACGCUCUGGGAUUCCAGCACGAACAAACCAGGAGCGACCGUGACCAGUACAUCAGAAUCAACUGGAGUAACAUCGACUCUUACAUGGCCAAUAACUUCGAUAAACAAAACACCAACAACCUGAACACUCCCUAUGACUACAGCUCUGUCAUGCACUAUGGAAAAACAGCCUUCUCUAUCAACGGGAUGGACACCAUCACCCCCAUCCCCAACCCUGACGUGUCCAUCGGCCAGAGACAGGGGAUGUCCACCACUGACAUCCUGAGGAUCAACCGACUCUACAGCUGCUGA